GGUUGGUGCUCAGGGGCGGGCACAGAUUCAGGCAGCGCGAUGGGACAUUGGUUGGUUUGGUGUCUGUACCUUUGGGCCGCUCGGCCCUUCCUGGUCUCUGCUGUGUGUCCUCCGGAGCCGGGCUGGAGGCUGCCGUGUGGCCUGGCCACUAUCAACAGCACUGAGUGCAUCAAGCAGGGCUGCUGCUUUCAGUCCCCGAGUCUCAGUGGGCAAUCCUGUUUCUACAACCUGAGAGACAGCCCAGUGUGCACAGCAGAUGGUCAGUUCAUUGUAGCAAUCACCAGGAACCUGACCCGUCCUGCCCUCAACCUGUCCUCUCUGUACGUGAAAGAUGGACAUGAAGCUGAGUGCAGGCCUAAGCUCAUCACAGCGGAACUUGUAGCCUUUCGCUUCCCAAUUACCUCUUGUGGAUCAACGCAGCGGCCUCCACCACUAGCUGCUUCUGAAGAUGGGAUCCUGAGGCUGGAGCUGCGAAUAGCAACAGAUGGCAGCUACAGCUGGUGGUACAGGGACAGUGACUACCCCAUUCAGAGAAUCCUUCAGGAGUCGGUGUUUGUUGAGGUUCGUGUGAAGGAUCGCACUGACCCAAUGAUAGUCCUGAGAUUGCGUGACUGCUGGGCAACCCCUGUGCCAGCCCCUGACCAUGAGGUGCAGUGGAGUCUCCUGGUGGAUGGGUGUCCCUAUGAAGGUGAUGACUAUCUGACCCUCCUACACCCAGUAGGUGUUUCUUCUGGCCUGCAGUUCCCAACCCAUCACAAGCGGUUUGAAGUGAAGACAUUUGUUUUCUUGGAUGGAGUGUCUGAGCAGCCCCUCUCUGGACAGGUUUACUUGCACUGCAGUGCUGAGGUUUGCUCUCCCUCUGCUCAAGAUGACUGUACACCCAGAUGUGGUCCAAGGACACGCAGGAGUGCUCUCCUCCAUGAGGGGACCUUGGUAAGUGCUCCUGGUCCAGUUGUUCUCCUGGAAGUUGAGAACAGCCAGUCUAAGCAGCUGCUUAAUGAGAAUGGUGCUGCCGGAUCUCCUGUUCUGAUUGGAGUAGCUGUUGGGUUUCUGGUGUUCCUGUUGAUGCUGAUUGCUGCAGUGUACAGAAUGAAGAACCCAGCCCAGUCUGUCCCCAGUGUCAUGAGGUUGACCUGUAGACCUUGAAUACAAAUAAACCAGACAGAAACCUG